AUGAAUCUUGUUGUGAAGCUUCGGAGAAGUUUUCGAACAUUGAUUGUUCUCUUAGCCACCUUUUGCUUGGUGAGCAUUGUCAUUUCUGCCUAUUUCCUCUACUCUGGCUAUAAACAGGAAAUGACACUUAUGGAAACCACUGCAGCAGCAGAAUGUACUGAUGUUAAAAUCCUACCAUAUCGGUCAAUGGAGCUGAAGACCGUUAAACCUAUUGAUACAUCCAAAACUGAUCCUGCUGUCCUCCUGUUUGUGGAGAGCCAGUACUCUCAGCUUGGUCAAGAUAUUAUCGCUAUCUUGGAGUCCAGCCGAUUUCAGUUCCAUAUGGUCAUCGCCCCUGGCAAGGGAGACAUACCUCCUCUAACAGAUAAUGGCAAAGGGAAAUAUAUUUUAGUUAUUUAUGAAAAUAUUCUGAAGUAUGUCAGCAUGGACUCAUGGAAUCGAGAGCUUUUAGAAAAAUACUGUGUGGAAUACAGUGUUAGUAUAAUUGGUUUUCAUAAAGCUAAUGAAAACAGCUCACCAAGUACACAAUUAAAAGGUUUUCCAUUAAACCUUUUCAAUAAUCUCGCUCUAAAGGACUGUUUUGUCAACCCUCAGUCUCCUUUGCUGCAUAUUACCAAAGCCCCUAAGGUUGAGAAAGGCCCUCUUCCUGGGGAAGACUGGACAAUUUUCCAGUAUAAUCAUUCAACCUACCAGCCUGUGCUUUUAACUGAAUUACAGACGGAAAAAUCCCUUUCAUCCUUCUCCAGCAAACCACUCUAUGCGACGGUGAUUCAGGAUCUGGGGCUUCAUGAUGGAAUUCAGCGAGUUCUUUUCGGCAACAACUUAAACUUUUGGCUGCACAAGCUCAUCUUCAUAGAUGCCAUCUCCUUCUUGUCAGGGAAGAGGCUGACAUUGUCUUUGGACAGGUAUAUCCUUGUAGACAUUGAUGAUAUCUUUGUGGGGAAGGAAGGAACAAGGAUGAAUGUCAAAGAUGUGAAG